ACAGUGGUUUUUAUAAGAUGCUAACAGAUAAGAGAUGAAAUAUUUCCCAUCCCAGGUAGUUCUGGGAAGACGGAAGGCUUUAGUCAUCCUGAAAUUGGCAAAUCUCUUGUUUGUUUUCCCAAGAAACAUUCAUUCUUUUCAUUGUAUUUUUAUAUCGAAAUCAUAACAUUUGUAAUUAGCUCUUGUUACUGUUUAUUCAACUUGCAAGAGUAGAAUAAAACUGUAGUCUGGCCAGUGAAAAAUGAACAUUUAUUUGGGCUAAUCAUUGUUAUAAUUAAAAUUUUUAUUAAUCAUUUCUUCGCCGGAAUGAAAAUGCAGGUGUUAGGAUCAGAGCAAAAUUGUAUGUUUGUGUUGAAAAAAAAUUGUCUCAAAUCCUUACAGUGUUGAAAUGGUGAUUCUAAAAGGAAAGUAAUAAUUAAUAUUUUUGAUUUCUAUCAAUAUGACGUAUCCUUGUGAAAACAGUACUAAUUUGAAGUAUAAUUAUUGCAAACACUCAUGUCUCUUCGUUUAAGUUUCCUUAUCCCUAUCCGGAAGGACAACAACCAUCACAGCAUAGUCUGAGUCACGUGAUAGAUAUAUUUUAUUUUGAAUCGAUUCUGCUGCAAGCCAAAAGCUAAAGUCAUGUUUGCUUGGUAUGCAACACCUGUUCCAAUAUUUAAUAAAUUCCAUAUUACCUGAAAGUAAGAUUUUGUAGUCCCAGUCGUGUCAUGUUUAAACAGCCUUUUAUGGUGAGAUCCACACUUACCUGUUGCCUAAAUCUAUUUAAAUCAAAUCUGGAUGCUAUUUCACACACAGAAUUUAUACUAGGCCUCCCUCAAAGAAAUGGAAGGCUGUAAGCUUUUAAUUAUAAGUCUUGCGCUGUUCAUCAAUUUUUCAGAGCAGAGACGGAUUGAUCUUCGUGAAAACGAACUUGAAUUUGAUGAAAUUUUAUCCUCAAAAUACCGUGCUCAAUUUGGUAAUGAUGCAAUGGUACCUGAGCAGGAAGAUGCAUCGGUAUCUUUUCAGAAUUCAAACAUGUCUCCCGGAGAGAGUAUUGAUGAUAUCCCAAAGGUAAGGAACAGUUUUGAUAAAAAUACAAGCGUCUGGGACACAAAAAACAGAUUUAAAGCUACGAAAUUUAUCAAGCCUUUCAGUCAGCGUUCAGAUGAACCACCAAGAUUAAAUGAGCGUUCAGAUGAGCCACCAAGAUUGAAAGAGCGUUCAGAUGAGCCACCAAGAUUAAAUGAGCGUUCGGAUGAGCCACCAAGAUUGGAAGAGCGUUCAGAUGAGCCACCAAGAUUGAAAGAGCGUUCGGAUGAGCCACCAAGAUUGAAAGAGCGUUCAGAUGAGCCACCAAGAUUCAAAGAGCGUUCGGAUGAGCCACCAAGAUUAAAUGAGGGUUCGGAUGAGCCACCAAGAUUGAAAGAGCGUUCAGAUGAGCCACCAAGAUUGAAAGAGCGUUCGGAUGAACCACCAAGAUCAAAAGAGCGUUCGGAUGAGCCACCAAGAUUAAAUGAGCGUUCGGAUGAGCCACCAAGAUUGGAAGAGCGUUCGGAUGAGCCACCAAGAUUAAAUGAGCGUUCAGAUGAGCCAUCAAGAUCAAAAGAGAGUUCGGAUGAGCCACCAAGAUUGAAAGAGCGUUCGGAUGAGCCACCAAGAUUAAAUGAGCGUUCAGAUGAGCCAUCAAGAUCAAAAGAGAGUUCGGAUGAGCCGCCAAGAUUGAAAGAGCGUUCGGAUGAGCCACCAAGAUUAAAUGAGCGUUCGGAUGAGCCACCAAGAUUGAAAGAGCGUUCGGAUGAGCCACCAAGAUUGAAAGAGCGUUCGGAUGAGCCACCAAGAUUGAAAGAGCGUUCAGAUGAGCCACCAAGAUUGAAAGAGCAUUCAGAUGAGCCACCAAGAUUAAAAGAGCGUUCGGAUGAGCCACAAGAGUCAUUUCUAGAAAUAAAGGGCAACAGAAAGUCAAGGGUGAUAGCAAAAAGAAGCGUCGCGAGGGAUUUAAUCCGAAAGACAAUCAGAAAUCCUAGAAACACCAAGGAAGAGAAUGAAGACCAAUACAAAACUCUCGAUAAUUUGGAUGAUGCAAUGAUUGCGGAGCUGAAUCCAUCUGAAGCUGUGCAUGCUAAGGAGGAGGAUGGUCAGUGUGUUCAACCGAAACUGAAGUUCUGUGCUGAUUCUGUCAACUACCCAAUCUCCAAGGUACAAAUGAGCCUCUCCUCUUUCUACGAGGCACUCAUUGAAUCUGACCUCGAUGUGAUGACAAUCAAAAGUGAAGGUGCUGUGGGAACCUGUCGCGAAGAUCUAAGAAAGCUCCUGUGUAGGGACAGGUUUCCAAAGUGCAAAGGAGCACAAGUUCAUUGGAAUGGACUAAGAGAUGAAUGUGUAAAAGCCAUCGACAAGUGUCAACAGAAAGUUCGCUAUCAAUUGAGGAAGAUAGACUUCUGUCUGAAGAUGAAUGAUGGGACAGUGCCGUUAGAUUCAUGCGCUACUCCCAUUCAAAACAUGGAGAACAAACAAUGCAAGAUGGGUCCAAUGGACAAAGUUUCACCAUGGGACAGGCAUUCAUCUAUCGAAAUUGACAAUCUGUUGGAAAUGCAGAAAGUGCUGUUCAACCCGUCAGAUUCCUGCAUGAAAAGCUUAUCGACCUAUCUCUGCUACCCAACCACAACGUGUAUUGGUCGGAUGAAACCAAGCGAUCUUGUUAACAGACAUCAAUCACAGUGUAAAUCGGCCCUGGAAUCUUGCGCCAAUACUAUGUUGAGCAGAGGGAUGCAGAUUUUCUUCCAAUGUCACUAGCAAUCUGUGCAAGAAUAUGCAGAUAUUUUCAAGCUUUACAUCUCUUUUUGGUGACAGCAUCAGAUUUUCAUCUCUCUUAAAACCUUGUGCUUUAUUCAGCUUUUAAUAGCUAUGAUAUCAAUAAAAACAUUUCGAUAUGGGUAAUUUUCUGCUUUACCAAGGUAUAGAUUAAGGUGUAGAGGGUUUACACAGGCUUCACCAAGAGAAACUCAACACUUCAAAGCUUCAUAUAGACAUGUUAGCUACUCAAGUUGAUACAACGAGCGAAACGUUCACACGCCACAUAACAUGUAGGCAAGGCUGAUGACGUCACAUGUCACUAGGAAGUGAUCUAGAAAAUGAAAUAAUGAGGAAAUGAGAAGGACAAACAUAAGGGAUUCUUUUUCGUUUUGAAUGGCUUCAACAUAAUAUAAAAAUCGGAUAAUGCAAAUGUUUCCCCGUUUUUGGGACUUUUAAGUUGCAAUGUGGGAGAAACCUGUACUCACGAAGAGAUAACUCAGCCAAUUUGUAACACAUUUAACUAAUUCCCCACAUUCAAGGUGUGUUCUUGAUGUGAUCAGGUGACUACAUCGUAUUCCGACUGUGUUCGGUGUGGUUAAUCUUUCGAUUCUACACUUUUAUUCUCUUUUUAACCGUUACUCAUUCUAUUAUUUUUCACCUGAUGAAAAGUUAUGCUUGAAACAUCGAAAACAUAUUUAACUUCAUAAUAUACAAAGACGUCACUUAAUUAUAUCAAUUUUCGCUAGAAACAAGUAAUGGUAGCCAAAAAACUCUUAGAAUUCUAAACAAAAUGGGGAACUUUCAAUAAUGUCAUGAAACAAUGUAUCUCAGAUGUUUUGGAGGGUAUCAUGAAAUUCUAACUUUCUAGGACAAGGUUCCAGUCUUAACCCUAUACUGAAGUCUUUCAAAGGGCUAAAAACUGGCGUUUGUUGCAAAAUAAUUUCACAUAAUUCUGAACAAAAUCCGGGAAAAACAAAUAAUGUCAUGAAUCCAUGUAUCUCACCAUGAAACCCCGUUUUUAUUUUUCUGAACUUUUUACUUUCUUGGGCAAAGUUCCUGUCUUGACGCCCAUACUGAAGUCUAUAAAGUCUUUUUGAUAACAGCAUUGACUUGAAAGUGACUAUGGAUCUGUAGAGCUGUUAAAAUACCAUAUUACGCUACGCCUGGGUUUUUCUUUCGAAUUUUUCAACUUUUUUAGGGGCAUUAUUUCCAAGGUGGUGUUUAAAAGAAUGGCUUUUCAUACUUCACGUUUAGAAAAAAUACCAAUAGCAUAAUAAGUUACCACAAAUAGGUUUGGCUUAUAUUAUCUCAACGAAAUAGAUGAAAACAUCUAAUAACAUCUAAUUACAUAAUAACAAAGUAAUAUGUUUUUGUCUACAUUGAUUGUUCCACAUAUGCAUACGACGAAUUCUUUCUAAGACUACUAAACAACAGUCCUGCAAACCUUUUAAGUCUUGCUACCAGCAGGAUUGAUCUGCUGGUAGUACCUGUUCUGUUUUGUUAAAAUGAAAGGAAAUUUCCAAAAAGAUAUUGUUCAUUCGCCAAUUUUUUAUCUGAGGCUAGACAUGUUCCCCACAAAAUUUUUCUAAUCUUGAAAAGCGGUAAAAGUGAUAAUAAAUGGUUAUUUGACGCAAAACAAAUUAGCUAUAUUAGAUCAAACUAUAAGGAAAUAUUUUGAAAAGCCACGAACACGCAACCGUAAAGAGAUUUUGGCCCACUCAAACUGUUUUUUUUCUUCAAACUCGAUGAGUCCCCUUGAAAAGAAACCUAAAAUAUCUACUCUUAAGAAACAUGUAGUCAAUCUGUAGUAUUUAAUUUAUAAUGAUUUCUUCUUGAGAACAUUGUAAGAGUUGAUUCCACUCAGUUUUAGCUUCGCAUGAACUUUAUUUUAGCAAUAUUUCUUGCCAUCUAGUGCACCUACUUAGAACUGUAAGUGACUUGGAAUAACAGUAUGACUAUAGUAUGAAGAAUCGUCAGCAAAACGAAUCGUCAGCAAAACGAAUCGUCAGCAAAACGAAUCGUCAGCAAAACGAAUCGUCAGCAAAACGAAUCGUCAGCAAAACGAAUCGUCAGCAAAACGAAUCGUCAGCAAAACGAAUCAUCAGCA